AUGUCCUGCACUUUGGGUUCACCGGUCAUGAAUUGCUCCUUGGAGAAGGUUUUGUCGGAUGCAAAGUGUUUGGUGGAAAGACUCCGUAACCAUGACAACGCUGCAGAGAUGCUCAUAGAACAAACAGCAUCUCUGAACAAGCGUGUGGAAGCCAUGAAGCAGUACCAAGAGGAGAUUGAUGCACUCAACCAAGUUGCAAGACACAGACCGAGAUCAAGUUUGGUUUUGGGGAUCCAACAAGAAAAUCGUCAAAUCAGAGAACUGCAGCAGGAAAACAAAGAGUUGCGGACGUCGUUAGAAGAGCACCAGUCGGCCCUGGAGCUGAUAAUGACCAAAUACAGAGAACAGGUGUUUCGGCUUCUCAUGGCCAGUAAAAGAGAUGAUCCAGCCAUCGUCACACAGCUGAAGGAGCAGCACACUACGGAAAUGCAGGCUCACAUAGACAAGAUAAACGAGAUGGCGACUGUGAUGAGGAAGGCUAUAGAGGUGGAUGAAGGACGGGUUUGUGAAGACGAGGAGAAAAUCAAACAGCUGGAGCUGGAGAACAAAGGGCUCCGUGAGCUGCUAGGGAUCAGCUGUGAAGCCUUUUUGGUGUUAAAACGAGAGGACAUCUCAGAGAACACAUCCCUGUCUCCUCUCUUAACCAGCGCAGAUACACCUUCAACGGGAGCGCGCUGUCCGCCCAUGGGUCCGCCUGCCUCUCGGAUGGACACUCAGUGCACCGCGGACCGCAGACCUGUGCUGCACCAUGCCGUCAAGAGCCGCUCCUGA